AUGGUCUCUUUCCUUCUUCAGGGAAACUACAUCUCAGGAAGUAUUCCCACUGAAAUUGGGUUGCUGGCACAUCUAGAGCAACUAGUUGUCUCUGAAAACCAGAUCACUGGGCAACUUCCAAGUGAAAUUGGAUUCUUGAAGUCACUAAAAAGACUUGACUUUGGCUGCAGCAGUUCUAUCAAAACGUUUAAGCUCCUCGAGCACGUUCCACAGUAUCUUUUCUCAAGCUAUAACCGAUUGCGUGUUUCGUGGACUCCCAACUUUUAA